UUUACACUGAGUAAUUCAAAAAUAGGGAAAAGGGAAGGCAAAUGAAAGAAAGAAAGAAAGAAAGAAAGAAAGAAAGAAAGAAAGAAAGAAAGAAAGAAAGAAAGAAAGAAAUAAAGAUGACAACAGGAAUGGAAGCAGAAAUUCCUAAAUGUGUAGGGAAAUGAAUUACAUUUAAAUUUAUUAUUUAAUGACGAUUAUUAACUUAUUAUUGUUACGCCGGAUGGUCGGCUCCUCCAAACUCAACUGCGGUAUCCCUGUGAGUCUGUUAAUGUUAGACUUAAAUGGGAUUCACUAAUUACCAGUAUCUCUUAGUAACCUGGGUUAGAAUGCACGUCCAGCGAGCUGCAUCACCAGGUAAUGUAAACAAUCGGAAACAAAGCUCCCCUCACAGCCGAUCAGAGAGAGUAUCGCGAUAUUUCAGGCGAGUUUUAGGUUUCAGAGCUUAGGAACCAGUUCGCACAGAGGCAGGGACUAUUGUGAGCACUCAAUGAACGGAGGAGAAGUUGUAUAAAAGGCAAGCAUUUAUUUCUAACUAAUACUAUACUAACAUAAGACAGACAUUCCACUUAACAUAAACUAACACAAAAUAAUGGAACAGAACCAAACAAAAUGUAAUAUGAAAAUGCAGUGACUAGAUUUAAAUGAGUAACCUUAAAAAGGGAAAUAUAGUUCUGCAAAGCAAGAAGAGUUAAUGGAAACAUGACCUUACGGUUAUAGAGCAGAUCAAACAGAACUGCUUAGGUUGUUAGAGGGAAUGGAAGCUGGUUUACUUGGUUGUGGAGUGGAGAGGGUCUUGGCAGUAGGUUGCAGAGGUGAUGAGCUAAGGGAAUGGUGGCACUCAGGAAGGCGCGGCCUUUGGAGCAGCUGUGGAAGUGGAGCCCCUUGGAUUCUCUCACCUUGUGAAGCUUUAAGGUGAACGGCUUUGUGUUGGGGUGGCAGUUCUCUGUUGGGUGGCAGGCCUUCACUGGCAGGCUUCAGGACAGGUUCCUUUACUGGGCUUCGCGGUGGUCUGACCAUUUUUUGAAGUUUUCUGGAGGGCUUCUUGCAGGGCUGCUUGCGGCUUUGUUCUGAGGUGCCAGGUUUUAUGGUCCAGAGUUCAUGAAUAGGGAUGACCAGGAACCUGACACCUGAACCAAUGGCUGGCCAUCUAGUUGGGGGGCUUUCACAGGGGUGUCUGUGGCAGUAAUUUUAGUAUUUACGACUAGACUGAUGCGACUUUACUGAUGAUUUUCAUGAAACGGGUGUAACUUUUGAUACAUACAAUCUUAUGAUAAAAUGCUGACCAGGUUUGAAUUCAGGAGUGAUUUUCCAUCAGUUUGACACCAAAAUGCCAUACCAGCCUGGCAGUUCAUACCUCAUACCAUCCAUCCAACCAUCCAUUUUCCAAACCGCUUAUCCUAUUGGGUCGCGGGGGGUCCGGAGCCUAUCCCGGAAGCAAUGGGCACGAGGCAGGGAACAACCCAGGAUGGGGGGCCAGCCCAUCGCAGGGCACACUCACACACCAUCCACUCACACAUUCACACCUAUGGGCAAUUUAGCGACUCCAAUUAGCCUCAGCAUGUUUUUGGACUGUGGGGGGAAACCGGAGUACCCGGAGGAAACCCCACGACGACAUGGACGAACAUGCAAACUCCGCACACAUGUGACCCAGGCGGAGACUCGAACCCGGGUCCCAGAGGUGUGAGGCAACAGUGCUAACCACUGCACCACCAUCCCGCCUCUUACCUCAUACCAUCUGUAUUAAUUAAUUAGCAAUUUCUUACGUAAUGUAUGUUAAUAAAUCACAUAUGUAUACAGUAUAGGUGUUUUGUGUUGCACCUCAACAGAUGUGGCUGCUUGGGAUAAGUUGUACAGACACAACAUUGUAUAUUCACAUGCAAACAGCACAUACCCUUAGACUGACGUGGACAUUAGUUUGUUGCAAUACCAAUUUCAAUUACAUCUGGAAACGACAUAUUUUGGUUUGUGUGACUUACUCCAAUGAUCUGCUCUCCAGGAUUGAUAAUAUACACAUUGAUUCAGUCUUUUACACAGAGUAGUAGAGGACAAAGAAGUGCUAAUGGACCACAAGGAUCAGAUAAGGACCAACGUAGGAAUGUGAAAAGUGGGGGUCAUUAAACAAAGAAAGAAAAGACCUCUGAUAUUUAGGAGACCCACUAAGACACCUGGUAACAUUACUGUAUUUAAUUUUCACGAUUCUUCUGGGAUAAUCAUGAGAUCAUGUAUGCAGGGGUAGCUAUAUUUAUAUAUUUGGGAACAUUGGUAAUUAAUCUACACACAGGAGAUACACGAUCUUUUAGGAGGGCACUGUCUUCACAGAUGGAAGGUCUUGUGGAGCAUCAGAUACUUUCACUUACCCACCACUUGGAAAUAUCGGGAGGUUACUCCGCGGGGAACUCCACAGGUGGCAAACAGUAGGUCUGUGGCGUAUUCUCUUCCUGGGCAAACAGAUUGCACAUUCAGAAAGGGCUGCAAUGGGAGAGAGAUUCUGCACUAAGCCCAAGAUCUGGGAGAAAUGCUCAUGAUGACAUAUUACCAUAUGGAAGUAGAGGGAAAAUGCAGGGAAAAUUGUGACCGGCACACAUCUUACGUGAACUAAUUUUUCUAAUUUGCCCUUAGAGUGUAAUUGUGUGUUUGAUGAGCUGACAUCCCAUCCAGGGUGUCCCCUGCCUUGCGCCUUAUGUCAUGGAAACUAUUCAGUUGUGGCACAGUGGGAAUCAUGAUGACCUCACCCCGCUAAAUUUAGGGGUUUGAAGUUUCAUGUGUCGGGUUUGCUCUGCCUUCAUGCAAGUUGGUCUAAAUUGCCAGUAGUGAAAUACUUCACGUGUGCAUGUAUAUGCUGUGUGAUGGACUGGCAUACUAUCUGUAGAUCAGCCCUCUUUCAGCCUUCUGCAUAACAGGCUUCAGUCCACUACUGACUAGUAGCUCUGCCUGUGAUCUGUUAUCCAACUGUAGCAAGCUGUGCUAACGCAGACUGCCACCACCCUUGGCUGUGUCGUAAUAAAGAUUCUGAUUCUGUCCAUCUGCAUCUUCGACAUGAACUCUGGCCUGGGUACAGAGAAUCCCGCCACGUGGACCAACCAAUCAGAUGUGUUUUUCCUGCCUAUUCUGGUUGCUUGGACCCACCUCCUUUGCAAUCUGAUUGGUUAACUCUCUGAACCAAUCAUUUUCUUCAUUCUGCCCUCAGAACAUUUUUGUGUAAGUGAAACUCCCAUGAGCCAGCUCUACCGCUAACAGCCUUUUUAAUUUAUGUGAGGAACUGCAAGGAGGCCUGUAGUCAGUGAUCUCAGCAGGAGGCUCUGGAUUCUACAUGCUGACCGGUUUAGCAGGCGCUUUGCCCUUUAGUGCUGGCUAAGCAGAAGAAUUGCAGUCUGUCCUUAAACCAGGGAGAGCUAUUGGAAUGGUUGCAAUAUGGGCAUAUUAAAUCCUUCAAGUUACAAUUUGCACUGUACCCAUGUAUGCCGCUGUCGUCGGGUGCCAAUCGGGGCAAUCAGGGGAGCCCGCCCUGCGGGGCGUGACAGUAGCCAUGUAUGCCGCUGUCGUCGGGUGCCAAUCGGGGCAAUCAGGGGAGCCCGCCCUGCGGGGCGUGACAGUACCCAUGUAUGCCGCUGUCGUCGGGUGCCAAUCGGGGCAAUCAAGGGAGCCCGCCCAGUGGGGCGUGACAGUACCCAUGUAUGCCGCUGUUGUCGGGUGCCAAUCGGGGCAAUCAGGGGAGCCCGCCCUGCGGGGCGUGACAGUACCCAUGUAUGCCGCUGUUGUCGGGUGCCAAUCGGGGCAAUCAGGGGAGCCCGCCCUGCGGGGCGUGACAGUACCCAUGUAUGCCGCUGUCGUCGGGUGCCAAUCGGGGCAAUCAGGGGAGCCCGCCCAGUGGGGCGUGACAGUACCCAUGUAUGCCGCUGUCGUCGGGUGCCAAUCGGGGCAAUCAGGGGAGCCCGCCCUGCAGGGCGUGACAGUACCCAUGUAUGCCGCUGUCGUCGGGUGCCAAUCGGGGCAAUCAGGGGAGCCCGCCCUGCGGGGCGUGACAGUACCCAUGUAUGCCGCUGUCGUCGGGUGCCAAUCGGGGCAAUCAGGGGAGCCCGCCCUGCGGGGCGUGACAGUACAACAGAUAGGUAGCUUGAGGUUCUUUGUGAAGAACCGCAACAUCUGCCCUGGCCAGAAGGAAGGAUCGGGCCGGUGCUGUCAGUCCGCCUUAGUUUUCUGAACACAAGAGCAUGUGUGGAGCUAGUGGUGAGAGCUUGGCAGGCGAUUGAGCCGGUCCUGACAAGCCAUGACCUGGAUUGAUGCAUUCAGACAAACACAGUCAGUCCUGCUCCAAGUCAAUGAAUGUGUUCCUAAAAGACCUUGCAUUGACUACAAUUGUGCACUAAAAUACAAUGGGAUCACAUAUCCAAUGGGAAAAGGGCUUGGGGAAUCGAACUCCAAAACAGUAACACCAAACAAAAUUAAUUAAAUAAUAAAAACAGUGAUGACAGCAGCCAACAGUGUAACAAUACGCGUUUUAAAUAAAAGCACAAAUACGAGAGAUUAUGGUACACGGAGGUGCACUGAAGGCUACAUGGCUACAGACAAUCUACGAAAAGCAAAUGUAAGUCAUUUUAAAAAUGUUGUUUGUAUAUGAUAAUUUGUCAUUUUUUUUAGAAUCUUAAGAUUGACCUGCGCAAUAUGGGGAUAUACGAAAAGUUAAGUUCUUUUUAGAUCUGAAAAUCGGUUCAGCCGAUUGGCUGAAAAGAAGCAUUUGAUCAUCAAUCGGACAGCAAUAUCCUUCUUUUGGCGUUUUGUCAUGCAGGUAGUGUUUCUUGUCCUGUUGUAGCUUUUCUCUCCAACUGAAAGUCACGCAAAUACAACUGCAAUUCCGUGAUGUGUUGGACAUGGGUACUAAUACUGCAAUCGUAUCAGAUCAGAUUCAAGGUGUAGUAAAGUAUCGCGUGGUGCAGCAGGACUGACGGUACCUGCAACGUAAACACCAGAGAACAAUUUAAAAUACUGAAAAAAACACAUUCCAUGGUACCGUUAAAAUGACCUGCUAUUCAUAAACAAAUAAAAAAAUUUGUAGCUAGAAAGGUUAGAAUAUGCUUCCGUUUAGCAAUGUUUUUAAGGCCUCAGAGGCUCAUCCUGGACAGAAACUUAAUAUGAGUAUGAAAUGACUGGACUUUAUUGAAAAUCACACCCAGUCACCCCAUCGAGAUGAUGAGUGAUGACAAGCCAAUUCAAACUGGUGGAGUGAAGGAGAGACGGAAGAUUAUUACCAGCUUUUACUAUACCAGAAUGCAGGUGAAUGAUACGCAUAGUCUCUAUAUGCUAGGAGGACAUAUGUGAGGAAGUAGGAUGUGGCAUCUAACCUUUCUGCUUAAAAUGUU